CCGCUCAGUCUUUGGGGCGCGCGCCCGCCUUCUCGCCACGGGGGAGGGUGGCACGGGCACGAGCGCCGCUGCGCGAGCCCUCAGCCCGUUCAGUGACAGCCCGCAGCCGAAGAUGGUGGCGGCGGAGACCCGCACCCCUUUGCACCCGCACUCCCACUGCCGCGCCUGAGCCGGCAGCCCCGGUCCCGGCGCCCCCGCCUGGAGGAGCGGGCGGCAGCGCCCCCCCGCUAUCGCCCGGGCGCGGAGCUCCCUGCCCUCGGCGGCACGGCGCCUCCCCGCCAGAAGGGUAAUUGAAUUAACUCGCCAGCAGGGAGCCGGGGCCGCCAGGGACCCCGCGGCCCCCGGACGCAGACACGAGCGGAGGCGGCGGCCGCCCCAAGCGGUGAGCCCGGCUGGCGGCGCCUGCGCCUGGCCUUGGCGGAGCCGGGCGGCUGGCAGCUGAGGGGGCUGCCGCUCCACGGCGCUCCGGCGGGACUGCGGGGGCCGCCCCCCCUUCCCGGCCGGUCCCUGCGCGCCGGGAGCCCGUCAGGAAAGAGCGGGGCGGCUCCGAGGCCGAAGGCCCCACCGGUGGGAGUGGAGCCCCCACCCCGGCGAGUGCGAACGGCCGCGCCAGCCCCUGGGGGCGACAGGGAGCAGCACAGGCCGGCGGCUGCCGCACCACAGCGUGGCGGCUGCGUCUCCCAGGCGUCCCGAGGCUGCUGGUGCGAGGGGAAUUUUGGGGACGAGGAAAAUAACCCAGCACCAAGCGCUGGGCCGCCUCGGCCCUGCCGGAGCAGCGCGGGCUGCGGGCGGGAGCCAGACAGGGCCAAGUCGGGCUUGUUCCUCCGUGUCAACGUCAGGAGUGGGGAUGGUGCGGCCGCGGUGAGAGCCACACGCUGCUAACAGCCUGGCCUGGGGAGGCAAGGGGCUUUCUCCCUUCCGCUUCGGUAAGCUGCAAAAAAGAUGGAGAAGAGAUCUUUUCCCGAAGGGGACUGCUUGUCACUCUCCCGAGACUGAUCUGCACUUAUUGGAAAGGACCUGGGGAGUGACAGCAAAACUGCAACUAACUUGGAACAAAUCGCGGCCAGUUUGUGGACAGCCCGCCGGACAUAUCUACUACAGCGUUAGAUUGGAAUAUGUGGGCCUGCCUAGCUCCCAGUCUCCUGUUUGUCUUGCCCCGUUUGAAGGAUGAGUAACUGAAUCAUCUGGGCCUGCCUGGUGGUUUCUUUAAACAGGCAGUGAUUUCUCAAGGAAUUUAAAAGCAACUGUCCUAGGAAAAGCCCCAAGUCAGAAAGUUAAAGGAUCACUCUAUUUAUUGUUUUUAAAGUCCUAAGGACCCAUCUCCUAAAGUGCUUAAAGAAAAUUUGACAACAUGGCUUCCCCACCACACCAGCAGUUACUGCAUCACCACAGCACUGAGGUGAGCUGUGACUCCAGUGGAGACAGUAACAGUGUGAUGGUCAGAAUCAACCCCAAACAGCACCAGGGUUGCUCCUCUUCCAAGCAUUGCAAGUACAGCAUCUCCUCCAGCUGUAGCAGCUCUGGGGAGUCAGGAGGUGCCCGCAGAGCAACAGGAGGAGGGGGAAGCAGUGGUACAGGUUUGCGCAAGAAGAAGCUGCCGCAGCUUUUUGAGAGAGCCUCCUCCAAGUGGUGGAACCCCAAGUUCGACUCCAACAACCUGGAAGAGGCCUGUAUGGAGAGAUGCUUCCCGCAGACCCAGCGUAGGUUUCGCUAUGCCAUUUUCUACAUAGGUGUGGCCUGUCUCCUCUGGGGUAUAUAUUUUGGAAUCCACAUGAGAGAGAAACUGAUUGUCUUCAUGGUGCCAGCUCUGUGCUUCCUCUUAGUAUGUGUAGCAUUUUUUCUGUUCACUUUCACUAAGACCUAUGCCCAGCAUUAUGUGUGGACCUCACUGAUCCUCACCCUCCUGGUUUUUAUUUUGACUCUGGCUCCACAGUUCCAAGUUUUGACACCUAUCUCAGGAAGUGAUGACACAUCCAAUCAUACUCCCCCUGUGAGAGCCACAGACACUUGCCUUUCUCAAGUAGGCAGUUUUUCUAUGUGUGUUGAAGUGCUCUUGUUGCUCUACACAGUAAUGCACUUACCUUUGUAUUUAAGCUUGUUUCUGGGACUAUCCUACUCAGUCCUUUUUGAAACCUUCGGUUAUCAUUUCAGUGAUGAGGACUGCUUCGCACCCCUUGGAGCCAGUGUAAUUUACUGGGAACUGCUGAGUAAAGCCUUGCUUCACAUCUGUAUCCAUGCUAUCGGUAUUCAUUUAUUUAUCAUGUCUGAAGUCAGAUCAAGGAGCACAUUCUUGAAAGUGGGGCAAUCAAUCAUGCAUGGAAAAGAUUUGGAAGUGGAAAAAGCACUGAAAGAGAGGAUGAUUCAUUCUGUGAUGCCAAGAAUAAUAGCUGAUGACUUAAUGAAACAGGGGGAUGACGAAAGUGAGAACUCUGUCAAACGUCAUUCCACCUCAAGCCCCAAAAACAGGAAGAAAAAACCCUCCAUACAGAAAACCCCCAUUAUAUUCCGUCCUUUUAAAAUGCAGCAGAUUGAACAAGUGAGUAUUUUGUUUGCGGAUAUUGUUGGCUUUACUAAAAUGAGUGCAAACAAAUCUGCCCAUGCAUUGGUGGGGCUUUUGAACGAUCUGUUUGGCCGCUUUGACCGUCUGUGUGAGGACACCAAAUGUGAGAAGAUAAGUACUUUGGGAGACUGUUAUUAUUGUGUAGCAGGAUGCCCAGAGCCCCGAGCGGAUCAUGCCUAUUGCUGCAUUGAGAUGGGUUUGGGUAUGAUUAAAGCCAUAGAGCAGUUUUGCCAAGAGAAAAAAGAAAUGGUGAACAUGAGAGUUGGAGUUCACACUGGGACAGUCCUUUGUGGCAUUUUGGGGAUGAGGAGGUUUAAGUUUGAUGUGUGGUCCAAUGAUGUCAACUUGGCCAAUCUAAUGGAGCAGUUGGGAGUGGCUGGAAAGGUCCAUAUCUCGGAAGCUACUGCCAAAUAUUUGGAUGACCGUUACGAAAUGGAGGAUGGAAAGGUGAUUGAACGAGUUGGCCAGAGUGUGGUAGCUGACCAGUUAAAAGGUUUGAAGACUUACCUGAUAUCUGGUCAGAAAGUGAAGGAGUCCCAUUGCAGCUGUUCACAGACAUUGGUUACUGAUCUGGAGGCAGGAGACGGAGCCAACAUACAGGGAGCGUCAUCAGCUGAGAAUAUUGGUGACUUGGCAAAGACUCUCAAACACUCUGAGAAACCCAAGACGUGUCCUUCAUGUAGUGUUACAUUUGCUCCCAACAGUGAUGUCAGUAUAGAGGAAGGAGCUAUCCAAAAUGGCUGUCAGGAUGAACAUAAAAACAAUACCAAGCAGACUCCUGGACGACGCAGUCCAAAGACCCAGAAUGGACUUUUGCGUCCUCCACGGGAUGAGAAGCUGAGCAACAGCCAGACAUCACUUUAUGAGAUGUUGCAGGAGAAAGGAAGAUGGGUAGGAGUGAGUUUGGACCAGUCGGCACUCCUUCCACUGAGGUUCAAAAACAUCAGAGAGAAGACAGAUGCUCAUUUUGUGGAUGUGAUUAAAGAAGACAGCCUGAUGAAAGACUAUUUCUUUAAACCACCAAUUAAUAAGUUGAGCCUGAACUUCCUGGAUGGGGACUUGGAGAUGGCUUACAGGACCAGCUAUCAGGAAGAGGUUAUAAAGAAUGCUCCUGUGAAGACAUUUGCCAGUGCUACCUUCAGUUCACUCCUGGAUGUGUUCCUGUCCACAACAGUCUUCCUCAUACUCUCGAUCACCUGUUUCCUGAAACAUGGGAUGGCCCUAUCCCCUCCCCCACCUGCAGCAGUUGUGGUGUUCAUCAUUGCCAUCCUGCUAGAGGUGCUAUCUCUUAUCGUCUCAAUUAGAAUGGCAUUCUUUCUGGAGGAGGUGAUGAUUUGUACUAAGCGCCUGCUGGAGGUGAUUGCUGGCUGGCUGCCUCGACAUUUCAUCGGUGCAAUCCUAGUUUCCCUCCCGGCUCUUGCAGUUUUUUCACAUUUCACCUCUGACUUUGAAACCAACAUACAUUAUACCAUGUUUAUGUGUUGUGCGAUUCUCAUCACCAUUGUCCAGUACUGUAACUUCUGCCAGCUGAGCUCCUGGAUGAGAUCAUCAUUGGCCACUAUUGUAGGAGUGGUGCUCCUCAUCUUGCUCUACAUCUCUUUAUGUCCAGACAGCUCCACUGAAACUUCCCACCUAGAUUCAGUACAGAACUUUAGCUCUAGGAAGAAUCCAUGCAACAGUUCAGUGCUAAAUGAUAUAAAGAAACCAGCAGACCGGAUUGGCCAGGAAGUGAUACUGGUUUUCUUUCUCCUGCUCCUUUUGGUUUGGUUUCUGAAUCGGGAAUUUGAAGUCAGUUACCGCCUCCACUACAAUGGAGAUGUAGAGGCUGAUCUUCACCGCACCAAAAUUCAGAGCAUGAGGGAUCAAGCUGACUGGUUGCUGAGGAAUAUUAUUCCAUAUCAUGUGGCGGAGCAGUUGAAGGUUUCCCAGAGCUACUCCAAAAACCAUGAUAAUGGUGGAGUGAUCUUUGCUAGCAUUGUGAACUUCAGUGAAUUCUAUGAAGAGAAUUACGAGGGGGGCAAGGAAUGCUAUCGAGUCCUAAAUGAAUUGAUUGGGGACUUUGAUGAGUUGCUCAGCCAACCACAUUACAGCAGCAUUGAGAAAAUCAAAACAAUUGGGGCAACCUACAUGGCUGCCUCUGGAUUGAACACUGCACAAUGUCAGGACAAUAACCAUCCACAUGGACAUUUGCAAACCCUUUUUGAAUUUGCCAAAGAAAUGAUGCGAGUGGUGGAUGACUUCAACAACAAUAUGCUGUGGUUUAAUUUUAAACUUCGUGUUGGCUUUAACCAUGGCCCUCUCACUGCUGGGGUCAUAGGCACCACCAAGUUAUUGUAUGACAUUUGGGGUGAUACCGUGAACAUUGCUAGCAGGAUGGACACUACUGGCGUGGAGUGCCGGAUACAGGUGAGUGAGGAGAGCUACCGUAUCCUAAAUAAGAUGGGAUAUGACUUUGAUUAUAGGGGGACAGUCAACGUGAAGGGGAAAGGUCAGAUGAAAACCUACCUUUACCCAAAAUGCAUGGACAAUGGGGUUGUGCCACAUCACCAGUUAUCUAUAUCUCCAGACAUCCGGGUUCAAGUGGAUGGCAGCAUUGGUCGGUCUCCUACCGAUGAGAUUGCCAAUCUGGUGCCUUCUGUACAGAAUUCUGACAAGACAUCCCAGGGCUCAGAUAACAACUUAGAACCCAAGGAUAUGCUUCCAUCCUACAAGAAGCUCCAAAAAGAGUCAUUGAAAGCAGAAGACAGGUGCAGGUUUGGCAAAGCUGUAAAGAAUGAUUGUGAGGAAGCAGAAACUGAGGAGGUCAAUGAACUGACAAAGUUAAAUAUCUCUAAGAGUGUAUGAUGCAGUGACAGAGAGCUGCAUGAUGUGCUCUGUCCAUAGAAACACAAAGACAUUUACAAUUGGCUGCUUUCUUUUCUGAAGAAAGACGUUCUCAACACCUGGGUUAUUUGUUUUCAUAUUAGCACCUGAUGCUGUGUGGAUCACAGUUAUUCAGGGCUCAUUUUCAUCUAUCUCUCCCCUCCAUGCCCCUUAGCCCUCUUCCAAAACUCCCCAACUCCCUGUGUAACCCUCUUUCAGCUGAGUGGAGCAUAUUAAGUGCCUUCAGAUAUACUCCAUUGGACUCCCUGUCUAGGUACAAAGGCCCCAAAUAAAAACAUAGCUUUGGGUAUCUAUUAAUUUUAAAA